AUGGCUGCUAAUGGUGCCUUUAUUUGGGAAAAGUUCUCCCAAAAUAUGGUAAGAUGUUGCCAAUCCUCUAUGGUUUCGGUACGGGUCCCCUUUUUGGAGGAAUUGCUUCAACUGGUUAAUUCAGGAGAAUUGGAGACCCCCCAAUUAUCUCAGAUCUCUCUCGCUCUCUUAAACACAUUUACAAGAUACCAGGACUCGAAAUCGAAGUCGUUAGUCGUUAAGAUUCUAAGCAGCGUUGUCACGCUAGAUAACAGGUUUUUGUCAAGUUACAUCGAUUUUAUUUUGGCACAAGUGGAGAAGUCCCCCGGAUCGAAAGCCUUGGUAGAUUAUCUCAAUCUGCUAGAAUGGCAUGAUGCAUUUCUUCAGAUAAUUGCCCAAGAUGACGAAGUAUUCAGAGAACACGUCGGCCGCCUAGUAAAGGCUCACACAUUUGCCACGUACGGUGCUGAGAGCGUUUUAGAUACUCGCGAAACAACGAAAAAAACUCACAGUGAGCGAAAUCAACACAGAAGAAGAGUUCGUCAUAGCAUUUUACAGUCAACAAGCAAGGCCUUGGUUUCAUCGUUCGCCUUGAACAAUGCCGAAGAGCGCUUCAGUCUGAUAUUGGAUAUCUUACUCGGCGACAGCAAGAAUUCUUUGCCAGUUUCAGGCGUUAUAUUACUCAUGGGUGCUCUUACCCAGGCCAGUCUUCAGCUGUUGCCUUCUAGGCCUGCAAUUCAUAACCUGCUUAAGGAGAAAUAUGCCGAUGAGUAUUGUUCUUUUAUCGGUAAGGAGGUUGUUCUGGGAAAGGACCCUCCUUCAGUUUUUUCGCUCGAAGUUUGCUUGAAGCCCUUUUUGCAUGAAUUCGUCGACGAGGGUAAGCUCAAUUCACAGAUUCUACCUAGCCUAGAGAAGGCUAUCUUAAGAGCUCCCUCAUUCGGCUUAAAUUUUUCUGCUGAGCUUUACUCUGGUCUCGAUGCACAACAGAUAGACCUCCUUCAUUUUUUUGUUUCCUCGAAACUAAUGCCUCAAUGUUUUUCGUCACUGAAGAGUGCAAAGGAGGAAGUAAAAAAUGAGUCCCUUUCUUCUAUGCUGACCUUGCUAUCCAAUGUUACGGAAGCUCAAACGCAGGAGGAUGACCUGCUAAGACUGGUUGAUGAGAUUUUCAAGAACAUCAAGUCGAACAUGAAUGCCGAGUAUAAAACUAUGGCAUCUGACAUACUUUUUGCCAUCCCGACGUAUUCAAGAAAAAUAAGCUUGAAAAUUUUAACACUCCUGGCCACAUAUAUUUCCAAAGAGGCUAAUGAAAUAUCACUCAGUCAUAUGCUAUGCGCCUUCUUUCUUCACUAUUUCAGCCUGAAGGAAUCUGAUCCCGCAUUGAACAAAAUCAUCACUGCUGGGCUUGCAGAGAAGAAACUGAACUUAAGGAAAGUGUGGUUUUCCAGUUUCAUGAGGAAUUGCCAUAUGGCUUCACAGAGCGUUAUGAAUGAGUUUUCUGAUGUCCUGCUUGAAUUUUUAACAGAUACCUUGGCUCACUGUCAGAGAUACGAUUUAGUGAGUAAAUGGGCUUGUUUUGAGUUCCUCGAUCGUUUAUUGGCGUCUGAUAUGGAAGAGGCGGCACUAAAGGCCCUGACAGCCUUGAAAAAAUUACCAGAUUCAGGUUCAUUAGGGCGUUGUCUGCUCGAUGUGGCGCUAUCAAGAAGUUUACGAGCAGCAGAUCGUUUGAGAUGUGGCGAUAUCCUUCAGCGUACCUACAGAAGAGAGCCCGCACUUAUAGGUCAGAGUAUCGUUGAAGCGCUAGAGAGUCGAAUUCAGGGCAAGGACACCGAAUCUCAAGACCCUAUUUCUUAUGGUUAUAUCACCACCGUUUUGAACGCAAUCUCUCAAGAAAUUCCAGACAAGAACACCCAAGUUAGGAUUCUGCUCAAAUUACUUCCGCUGUCGCAAUGGAAAAUUCUCAACUUGAAAAAUAAUUGGGCUGGUCUGGUGGCUAAUGCAAAAUUGGAUCCUGCGAAACUGGUUGAAGAAAAUAAGCAUGAUAUCGCUCGCACGUUCCAUGAUGUAUUGGGAAAUGCAGACCUCGCACAAUCGGUGUACGGUCAAUGCGUUGUGCAGGCUUUUGCCUAUACGUCCUUCGUCAACCCUGCAGUUAUAGCACCACUUAUUAGUGAUUGCAUUCAAUCUGAUCUGCGGCCCGAUGAGCUAUCUAAACAUAGCGAGGAUGAUUUCUUAAUAUGGGCUGGCAAAGAAGGCGAAAUGGUUUUUGACGUAUUGAAUAAAAAUUUUCAGCAAAAUAUCAGUAAGAACUCUAAGGAGUACGAGACGCUCAAGUGGGAGGCCAGCAUCAGAAAGAAGCAAGUGGCGAAGCUGUCCAAGAAGCUUACGAAGGAGGAACAAACAUUGGUCAACGAGCAACUGAAUAAGGAGUCAACAAUACGACGGGAACUAUCCAAGAUAUCAUUGAGGCUAACUCGCAGCAUAAAGUUAAUCAAACAACUUUUGAAAGACGCUGAGCUCGUUGAUAAUGGCAGCGAAAUCUGGUAUCCUAUUGCAGUUAGCAAGCUGUUGGCGCUCGCGAUAGAACCAAAAGCGAACAAAUUAAUUAACAACUCAGCUCAAGACGCUUUUUUGGACUUAGCCUCCCUAAUAUCUGAACGUCUCGGUUCAAUGCGUUUAUUUGUUGGAAUAGCCAUAUUACGAGCUAAUCAAGUCCCUAAUCUGGAGGAGAGAUUCCUGGAAGAACCACUUUUCGAAUUACUGUCAAGAGUUCUUUUCAGAGUAAAGUUUGUCUCAGGGCAGAAUCCUUUGGAUUCGCUCACGCUGAUUUAUUUGUUACCUCUACUAAUUAACGUGCUCGAGGAAGGCAAGCGUGUUGCGAUUAAAAACGCGGACAAACCGGUAUCAAGAACUGAGUUUGUCGAAGAAGAUGAGCAGGAGGAGCAUUUACUGCUGGCCAUGGAGAUUCUAUCAGUUCAUGCUGAUGCUUUUGAAGAUUCUUCGAUUCCAAGGAAGCCCAUCCUUCAAGUCCUCCUUUCACUUCUCAACCUACCUUCAAAAAGCAAAUCUGCUAAAGACUGCUUAAAUGCGUUGUGUCAAAGCAUCUCAGUGUCUCCAACAGAAGAGGAUGUGCAGGUUCUGCUUUCCAGCUUACUUUCCCCUAGCGACUUCGUGCGCAGCACUAUUUUGCAAGUGAUUGAUAAUGAGUUUGAAUUGGAACCUAUCCUGGAAUGCUCUCCAGAGAUUUUUAUUUGCAAGUUUGACUCCGACGAUUCUAAUCGAACCGUUGCUGAUUUCAUUUGGGACUUUAGCAAUUUUAGCGUCUCUAAAGGGCUAUUGAAUACCCUUCUCACUUUUUUCGGACAAGCAGACAGUGGUCUGAGACUCUUCAUUGCCAAAGCCUAUGCGACAUCGUCUGAGUGGCUGAUGACAAGCGGUGAGAUCUCUUUUGAUGAUAGUCUUAUGUCAUUGAUCAGAUUCUAUCUUGAAAAGGCUCAGCCCUUGAAACCAAUUCUAGAUGAAUACGGUUUGGUGGUCGUUUCUGCAGCUGGGAGAAAAGAUCCCUGGGCAGAGAGAAGCACGGCGGCAAUAGCUCUUCACAAUCUUGUUCGUUUGGCUCGAGACGGUGAGUCGGUCAUCAAGAUAGUCAAAUUCUUGGUGCAAGAAGGUGCUUUAGGGGAUAGAGAACCCUUAGUGCGCCAGGAGAUGAAAGAAGCUGGUGUGGAGAUCAUUACUGAACAUGGAUCUCGUUAUGUGGAGUCGUUGAUCCCUAUCUUCGAACGCUCUUUAUCUGCCGAGACAGAGUCAACUAUCAAAGAGAAUGUAAUCAUUCUUUAUGGGUCGCUGGCAAGGCAUUUGAGUCCUACGGAUGAAAGGAUCCAUACCAUUAUCAGUAGGUUACUGGUUACGCUUGACACACCCUCCUCUGACGUACAGCAAGCCGUAUCAGCGUGUCUCUCGCCUUUAGUUGUAUCUUUCGAAUCGAGAGCUGAAGCAUACUUGCAUGACCUCAUGGAUAAGCUGCUGAAUCCAGCGGUACCCGUAGUCUGUAGGAAAGGUGCUGCGUGGGGUAUAGCUGGUCUGGUGAAAGGCUAUGGCAUUUCGGCUUUAUCUCAGUUCGACAUCAUAAGAGACUUAAUUGAGGCGGCAGAAGAUAAAAAGGAACCAAAGAGGCGCGAAUCAGUCGCGUUUGCCUUUGAGUACCUCUCCAAAUCUCUAGGAAAGUACUUUGAGCCAUAUGUGAUUGAAAUUCUUCCAAACAUUCUGAAAAAUCUAGGAGAUUCAGUGCCAGAAGUUAGAGAUGCAACAGCUGGGGCUACCCGAGCCAUCAUGGCGCAUACCACAAGUUUCGGUGUCAAAAAGCUUAUACCAGUUGCCAUAUCAAAUCUGGAUGAGAUUUCUUGGCGAACCAAAAGAGGAUCAGUUGAGUUAUUGGGUAACAUGGCCUACUUGGAUCCUUCCCAACUAUCUACCUCUCUUUCAACUAUUGUCCCCCAAAUGGUGGGUGUUCUAAGUGAUUCCCACAAAGAGGUGCGUAAGGCAGCAGACGAGUCACUGAAACGGUUUGGCGAGGUUAUAAGAAAUCCUGAAAUUCAGAAACUGGUUCCGGUGUUAAUCAAAGCUAUUGGGGACCCCACAAAGCACACUGAUACUGCAUUGGACUCGCUGAUUGAAACCCAAUUUGUGCACUACAUUGAUGGUCCAUCAUUAGCACUAAUUAUCCAUGUUAUUCAUCGUGGUAUGCAUGAUCGCUCGGCGAAUACUAAAAGAAAGGCCUGCAAAAUUGUCGGAAAUAUGGCUAUCUUGGUUGACACGAAGGAUUUAAUUCCUUAUUUGCAGCAGCUCAUCGAUGAAGUUGAAAUAGCCAUGGUUGACCCUGUGCCCAGUACCAGAGCCACUGCAGCUCGUGCAUUGGGUGCUUUGGUUGAAAAACUAGGUGAGGAACAAUUCCCAGACUUGAUCGACCGUUUAUUGGAAAGUCUAAGUGACGAAACAAGGUCUGGCGAUCGUUUGGGUUCAGCCCAGGCACUGGCAGAGGUUAUAUCCGGUUUGGGUUUGUCGAAAUUGGAGGAAAUGUUGCCAGUUAUAUUGGCUGGAGUAUCAAGCUACAGAAGUUACGUCAGAGAGGGCUAUAUGCCAUUACUUCUCUUCCUGCCUAUUUGUUUUGGCUCUCAGUUUGCUCCUUAUAUCAAUCAAAUUAUUCAACCGAUUCUGGCCGGUCUAGCUGAUGCAGACGAGAAUAUCCGGGACUCAGCGUUGAAAGCAGGCAAGUUAAUAGUAAAAAAUUACGCUACCAAGGCUAUCGAUCUACUGCUACCCGAAUUGGAGAGAGGAAUGUUUGACGAGAAUGAGCGGAUCAGGUUGUCCUCUGUACAGUUAUCGGGUGAACUUCUCUUCCAGGUCACUGGAAUUUCCUCCAAAAAUGAGUUUAGCGAAGAGGACGGUGAGUAUCAUGGUGAAGUGAGUAAAAAGAUGGUUGACGUUCUUGGACAGGAGCGUCGCAACAGAAUUCUAUCCGCACUGUUUGUUUGCAGGAAUGAUACCUCUGGAAUCGUUAGAGCCAAUACUGUGGAUAUCUGGAAAGCGCUUGUUCCAAACACUCCGCGUACAGUCAAAGAGAUUUUACCUACUUUGAUCAGUACAAUCGUAAUUCACCUAGCUUCGUCUUCUGAGACCUUGCGCAAGAUCGCGGCUCAGACCUUGGGUGAUAUGGUUCGCAGAGUGGGCGGCAAUGCUCUCGCACAAAUUUUGCCAACCCUAACGAAGUCUUUGGAGGAAAAAAGUAGUCCCGACUCUAGACAAGGUGUUUGUAUUGCUUUACGUGAGCUCAUUACAUCUUCCUCUCUAGAGUUACUCUCUGAUUUCCAACCAUUGAUUGUCGGAAUUAUACGUGAUACAUUAGUGGAUAGCAGUGAAACUGUGAGACAGGCAUCGGCUCAAUGUUUCGAUGCCUAUCAAGAGGUUGCUGGAAACGUUGCAGUCGACGAAGUUUUGCGGUACAUGCUGCAUCUGUUGGAAUCCCUGGAUGAUGCAGAAUGCGCCCUUUUGGGUCUACAGGAAAUCAUGUCUACCAAGUCCGAUAUUAUUUUCCCAAUUCUUAUCCCAACUUUGCUAUCGCCACCCAUUGAUGCUUUUAAGGCGUCCGCUAUGGGCUCAUUAGCUGAGGUUGCUGGUUCUGCACUUUAUAAAAGACUGGGGACCAUCAUUAACGCUCUAGUGGAUGCCCUCAUCGAUGAAAAUGCAGAAGAAAAGGCUAAGGAUGCACUAGCAACUGCACUAGGCAAGGUGUUUUUGUCUGUUACCGAAGGUGAGGGGCUCCAUCCAUUGCUACAGCAGAUCAUGGCUUUGCUCAAAAGCGAAAUUCCUGAAAAACGUAUUGUUGUCUUGCAGCAAUUGCCCAAUUUCUUUUCUAAAACUGCUCUGGAUUACGAUGCUUACCAAAUAGAUUUUGUCUCCAAUGCGAUCUUAUCGCUCGAUGAUUCUGACAUGCGUAUUGUUCAAGGAAAUUUCGAAGCCCUUUCUGCACUUCUUGCGACAGCAAAAGGUAAAUCUGAUCUGGAGAAGUUCAUUAAGCCAGCAAAGCAGGCACUACAGAUGACAGGUCAGUCUGGGAAGGAUCUUCCGGCAUUUGCACAACCCAAGGGUCCAAGCUGUGUUUUGCCUAUAUUCUUACAUGGUUUGAUGUAUGGAUCUAACGACGAACGUGAAGACUCUGCUUUGGGUAUAGCGGACGUUGUUUCCAAAACACCCGCAGCAAACUUGAAACCUUACGUUAGCACUAUUACUGGUCCAUUGAUUCGUGUGGUUGGAGAAAGAUUCAACAGUGAUAUCAAGGCGGCCAUUUUGUUUGCAUUGAAUAUUUUAUUUGCCAAGAUCCCACAGUUCCUAAGACCCUUUAUUCCCCAAUUGCAAAGAACUUUCAUAAAAUCUUUGUCUGAUCCAUCGAACGAGACUUUAAGACUGCGCGCAGCUAAGGCACUAGGAACAUUGAUCGAGUAUCAGCCUCGUGUUGAUCCUCUGGUUGUUGAACUAGUCACUGCUGCAAAGCAGGCAACGGAUAUGGGUGUCAAGACUGCUAUGCUUAAAGCCCUAUUAGAAGUCGUAGGAAAGGCCGGUAGCAAGUUGGCCGAGCCCUCAAAGUUGAAAAUUGUCGAUCUAGUCGAGGAAGAAAUUCUGUCAUCAAACGAUAAGCUAGUUACCGCUUACGCUAGACUAAUUGGUGCGGUGUCCGAAGUUUUAUCUACCGAAGAAGCGCAAAAGAUUUUGAAGCAAAAAGUCCUAGAGUCCGAUCUGUCUGACGAUUUUGGCAAGUUCGGCAUUUUGACUCUGAAUUCAUUCCUGAGGGAUGUACCCCACCAUCUGAUGGAUGACGGAUUAUUGGAUCAACUGAUCGGCUAUAUUCUGAGCGCUAUCAGCUCGCCAAGCCCCUACUUUUGCGAAAAUGGCUUGAUAGCUGCUGGCAAACUACUACUACUCGAGGGUGAAACAAAUUCUCCAUUUUCUAAUGCCGACAAUGACAGACGUAUGCGGUUGGGUGAGGAUGCUAUUGGUAAGCUAAUACGAUCCUUGUCUGUAACCAUGCUUCAGCCCACGAGUUCUUCGCUCGAUGCAAGACGUCUGUCAUUAGUCGUUGUUAGGACUUUAGCCAGACACAAAUUCAAGGAAAGCAUUGAACCUUUCUUGGACAUUUUAGGACCUUCCGUUUUCUCUUGUCUGCGGGAUAAUGUGAUUCCUAUCAAGCUAGCGUCAGAAAAAGCCUACUUGGCGAUCUUCAGAUUGGUCGAAGAAAGUGAUAUGGCGACAUUCAACUCCUGGUUUGAAAAGGUUUCCUCUGGAGGCGACCAGUUAACAAACGCGGCAGGUGCUCCUGUUCAAUUGAGAUCCAUCGGCGACUACACCAAGAGAGUGGGCAAGAGACUGGCCAAUGUUGAACGUGACAGAAUUGCAGAAGGCGGUGAUGCGGAAGCAAUGUUUAGUGAUCAGUUCGAGGAUGAAAGAGAAAUUUGGGCAGUCGGUGGCGUUGAACUUAGGGAGGAUAUCUGA